AUGGCUCCAAAACCUCGAGGAGGAAAGAAUCCACGUGGCAAAAAGAAAAAAGGAAAACAUGGUGAAAAUAAGGACCUAACACUUGGUAGUGAAGAAGCAGAACCUGUAAAUAUGGAGAGCCUGGGUCAUCCAGAAAUUUAUCCUUUAGUGUUAACUACCAAGACUCAAGAAAUAUUCAGUUGCCGAAUAGAUGAAGAUGUGACAGAUGAGCAACCUUAUAAACUUAUCAAAAAACAAGAUAUUUUGGCAGACUUUCAAAACAGAGCUGCAGUAUCUGAUUUCUACCCAGUCAAAAAAAUUAUCCAGGAAUAUCCUGGAGAUGAGAUUCUGGUUGUUUAUGACAAAGACUUCGAAUUUGGACUUAACUUUUAUGUUAUUGGAACAGAAGAGGGCAAGGAAAACUAUUUAAAUCCCCCAGAAGCUCAGGAAGAGCAGGAUGAAGACUAUAUUCCUGAAGAAAUAUACGAGUAUAAGCCACCCGUCUCUAAACCAUGGGUUUCUUUGGGCAGUGAAAAAGAAAUUGAAGAAGAAUCCGUUACGACAUCUACAGAGCAGAUUACAUAUAUGAUUUCUCGAAAACGAGCUGAUUUUGGUGCACCGAUUAAGUUCAGUGACCAUAAUGCUUCCAGUGUGAAAGAUGCCUAUAUUGAAUGCACAGCCUACCCAGAUAAAAAUUUUGUUAUUAAGCAACUUGAGAAAGAUGUUGGCAUGCAAGUAGUCCCUGAAAUUAAGGAUAUAAGUACUCAGACAAGAUGGCAAUAUCCCAGAAAUGCUACUACACAAUAUUAUCCAAGAGAAUUUUUAGAAAAGGAAAAAGAAAUAUUCGGACAAUCAAAGCCGUUAGCUGAUUUUCUUAACAACAUGUCCACAAGCGUUGAAAUAGCCCUGCAACAAAAUGAAAUCACGAACACAUUUAUUGACGACUGGAAAACCCUGGCGGAAGAAGAAGGCACCUUUGGGGACAAGACCGAUACCCACCUGAAGGAGUACCAGUCCUUCACCGACCUUCAUAACCUGAUGGAGAAAAUGGUCACCUGCGUCUCCUGGCACCCGAAUAUCUAUGGACUCAUAGCUGUGUCGGUGGCCGUGCGGCUCUCCUUUGAAGAAAGAGUUUACUUUUCUGGUAAAUUAUUGCUGCAACCAUCACUGAUUCUGUUCUGGAGUUUCUCCGACCCCAUACAUCCUCAGUUAAUGCUGGAGAGCCCAGACGACAUUUUCUGCUUCAAGUUCUGUCCGAGUAACCCUAAUAUUAUUGCUGGAGGCUGCAUCAAUGGGCAGAUCAUCCUGUGGGAUAUUACUGCACAUGCUAGUCGCAUAGAGCACGUUAAGACAGGCAGCAGUAGAAGUAAAAAAGCCACACUCAAGCCCAUGUUUCUCCUUGAACCAAAUGAUAAUAAAGAAGCAAUGUAUAUCAGACACUGUGCAGUCUCCUCAAUAGAAAAUGGACAUAGGAAAGUAAUUACAGAUAUACACUGGCUGUCGGACGCCUUUGAGAUUAACAGAAUGGGUUCUGUCUUUGAGAAUCGAAGUGGGAUAUGCUGCCAGCUGGUCACCUGUUCGGCAGAUUGCACAAUAUGUUUUUGGGAUAUCAGACAACAGAAAAGUACAACCUUUCAAUCAACAGAGAAGAAGAAAGAAGAAAGUAUUGAAAUUCCUAAUGAUGUACCAUCUACAUUUUUGCAUCUAGAUCUCUCCUGGAAACCUCUCUCUAAGCUAAGACUGUCUAAAGGUGAAACAAGUUUAGACCACUGUCCAGUCAAGUUAAGCCUGGGUAAAGACCAUCUCAUUUACAAAACACAAGAGAAAGUGUUAGUUCAGAACAUAGUCGUAAAUACUGAAGAAAUGAACCCGUACCACAACCUGGAAAGUGGGUUGGCCAAUCUCCUCCGGCCGAUAGAGGACUUCUGCACAAAGUUCUUUGUGGGAACAGAGGAAGGUGAAGUGUUAUACUCAGAUUGGAAAAUGGAAAGAGACCCUGAAACUGGCCGAUUGAUGACAAAGAAGCCCCUGAGCCUCAACACCGUCCAUGAUGGUGCCAUCCACACUAUCCAGAGGUCCCCCUUUUACAGUGACAUCAUCCUCACCGUUGGGGGAUGGAACCUGGCCAUCUGGAAGGAAGGUCUCCUGUUCGGACCCCUCCUCCAGUCAUGCUGUGCUCCAAAAAGGUACACCUCAGGGCACUGGUCCCUGACGAGGCCCGGCGUCUUCUAUAUUGGCCGAGAAGAUGGGUACAUUGACAUCUGGGACCUUCUGGAGAAAACCCAUGAACCAGCCCAGUCACAGAACAUCUGUAUAACGAUGAUCACCUGCAUCAAACCCUGGGCCUUUACUGCGAAGCAGCAAUUCAUAGCCGUAGGCGAUUACUAUGGGACACUGCAUAUAUUAGAGAUCCCUUGGACGUUGAGUCACCCUUCCACCAAUGAGGCAUCAAGUAUAAACCAUUACUUUGAAAGAGAAGUCAAGCACCUGGAAUAUAUGGAGCAACGCAAGAAAAUUCGUGAACAAGAAAGGAAGGAAAUGGCGCUGGAGAGGGAGAAGAAAAAAGUUAAACCGCAUCAGAAGGGAAAAGAUCAGCUGGAGGCUGAUUUGAAGAUGGACUACGAGAGCUACUUGGAACUGGAAAAGACCGUCCUCUUCAACCUGGGCCUCACUAAGGUCACGGACACGCUGUCGUUCGUGGACAUGCUGUAGGAGCCUUCCUGGGGUUGUCUGGGGCCUUCGGGAGAGAGUCUGCCUUUCCUUCCUGUUCAUUGCUUUUAUGUAAGGUGGACUGUUAGACUAAACAUUCAAUAGGGUCACUUACGAAUAGCAGGCUUUUGUUUCAUUG